AUGGGAGAAGCACGCAGCGGCGGCCACCAAUUUCCGGUGGGUUCCGUUGUUGAAGUGCUGGAUAAAGAGGCAGGCGUGCGUUUAGUUUGCACUGUGGUCCCUCCGCCCAGAAACAUCGAGCCCCAAAAUGAGGGGAAGCUUUAUGUCAGGUACAGAUAUCUCCCGGUGCGCAGAGGCUGCGCGGGACGCCUGCGCGAGUUCGUCCACGUGUCGUCCGUGCGCCCGACGCCCCCUCCGCACAAGCCGAGCAAGCGCUUCCAGCUGAACGACGUCGUCGAAGCGUACUACACUGGCGGCUGGUGGAAGGGCGUCGUCUCUUCCGUGUCGGACGGCGGCGAGAAGCUCGUGGUGACGUUUGAAAACCCGCCUGAGCAGCUCCGGUUUGCGCCGUCGAAUCUGCGGCCGCUCUGGGAUUGGGUCGAUGGGGUUUGGACCUGGCCUCAGAGAAAGGGGGAAAAUGGCGCCUUGAAGGUGGGAGAGAAGGUGGAAGUUUCGAUUGAUUUUGAUUUGGAUUUGGAUUUGGGUUCGGAUUUUGAUUUUAGGGCUGCUUGGUUUCCCUCUGUGAUUGUGAGGGAUUUGGGGAAUGGGGUUUAUUCGGUGAAAUUGAAGGAUAAAAAUGUUAAAUGUGUUGGUAUUAGGCCUUCCCCUCCGGUUCUAGAUGAUGGGGAAUUUAGGGUUGGUGAGAAAGUGGAUGCGUUCUUCGAUUGUGGGUGGUGGACUGGAUUUAUUAUUAAGAAGGUUAAGAUGAAUGAGUACAUUGUGCUUUUUGAGGACACGGAUAAUGCUAUGUUAUUGAAUCGCUCGGAAUUGAGGCCGCAUUUGGAAUGGAAGGACGGGAAAUGGCUCAUUCAUCAUGAUGGCGCCGCCUCUUCCACAACAAAGUCUAAAAGGAAAAGAAAAUCGAGUUUUUCUUCUUUGAAAAGGCACAAGCCCCAAACUGAAUAUGAUCGCGAUGUGCAGCGAUUGAUCGAUGAAGAUUCUAGGGCUCCAAAUGAAGAAACAAAGCACAUAGAUAAAGACGGUGAUGAUAUUGAAUAUUAUCGUGAUGUGCUGCGAUUGAUCAAUGAAGAUUCUAGGGCUCCAAAUGAAGAAACAAAGCACAUUGAUAAAGACGGUGAUGAUGUUGAAUAUGAUCACGAUGUGCAGCAAUUGAACGGUGAAGAUUCUAUGGCUCCAAAUGAAGAAACAGAGCACAUUGAUAAAGAUGGUGAUGAUGUUGCAUAUGAUCACGAUGUGCAGCAAUUGAACGGUGAAGAUUCUAUUUCUAGGGCUCCAAAUGAAGAAACAGAGCACAUUGAUAAAGACGAUGAUGAUCUUGCAUAUGAUCACGAUGUGCAGCAAUUGAAUGGUGAAGAUUCUAUUUCUAGGGCUCCAAAUGAGGAUAGUGUGCAGAAACUUCCGUUUGUGAAACGCAACGCUAUUUGGAAAUCCAAAGAGUGGACAGAGGUGCUGCAGAGGAUGCCACAUUUUGAGCCGCUGCGCGCCUUCAGGGAGAACCAGCGGGAGGGGUUGGCGAUAGCGUGUAUGGUGACCUUCACGAACGUGGUGGAGGCGAGCCACAGGUUGAAGUUAACAGACGCCAAGAGUGAGAUGGACGACAUCCAGGAGACGCUGGUGGACUUGGAAGACUAUGGUUUUCACGUUGGGGAGGUGAGGGAGCGGGUGACCAAGUUGUUGAUGGCCAAGGAGGAGGCGGAGAGGCUGGAUGUUGAGGCUAAGGGGAUCUUGAAGCAGAUUGAGGCGCGGAGUGAGAGGAGGGAAAGGAUUGAGGGGGAGAUGCGGGAGAUGAACAUGCAUAUUGGGAGGCUGCAGGAGCGGCUUAAGGUGGCGGAGGUGGAGGAGGAGAAGGAAGUGGAGGAGAUCGGGCAUUUGCAGGCUAGGUUGGAGAAGAAUCAGAAGCAGGUAGAGAGUUUGAGGUCUGAUUUUGAAGCCUCUGUUAGCAAUGGCGAUUGA